AUGGAUUACGUGCGUUCCAUCUUCGGUCGCAAGCCUAAGCGCGUGCAACAGCCGCCCAAGGUAGCGACGGAUGACGUCUAUCCCGUCCACUUCUUUGACGACACAAAACCUUUCCGUGGUAUGCUUCUCAACUGGACAUUGCGGUUCGACGAUGUCCUGGACGCCGAGAAACUCCAAAGCUCGCUAGCAAAACUGCUCGAGAUAGGUGAAUGGAGGAAAUUGGGCGGUCGCAUGAGGCUCAACGACGACGACGAACUCGAACUACAUGUCCCACAACAAUUCACCGAGGCGCGUCCGGCAAUCCGCUGCUCGCAUGACGUUCACGACUUCUCUAUCAAGGACCACCCCAACGCAAAACACCUCCCGAAGACAACUGAGGUACCUUCCAUCCAGCCCGGUGUCGUCAACUUCUAUACCCUCGGCGCUCGAGCCGGCGCGCCUAUGACCCUCGAUGAUCUUCUCUCUUCCGACGAACCCCAGAUUCACUUGCACAUUCACACCUUCACAGACGCCACCGUCGUCGGCCUCCUCUUCUCCCACGUCCUCUUCGGCGCUUCGGGCAUGCAGUCUCUCGUCACGAACUGGUCGCUUGUUAUGGCUGGUCGCGAGAACGAGGUUUCUGCUCUCCACGGCGCUCGCAAGGAUAUUCUCGAUGAUGUUGGCGUCGACACCGAUCCGGAGAAAGAAGCCCUGCUCAUCGACCGAAGACAGCUCAAAGGCAUCCGUCAUCUCCGCUUCAAUAUCCGUUUUCUGUGGGACAUGUGGCGUCGCCCCGAAAUCGAGUCCAAAAUUCUAUGCCUGCCUCAGAAGUUUGUCGCCGAUCUCCGCAACCGUGCCAUGGCCGAUCUCCAUGCGAUGGAUGAGAAGGGUCUCGGAACAGAAGAGGCCCCCUUCGUCUCGGAAGGCGACGUUCUCACCGCGUGGUGGACCCGCCUCGUCUGCUCGGCCCGCGGUGGUAAACGCUCCGUCACCGUCUUCAACGCUGUCGACAUUACAGGCCGCCUUAAGACCGUCUUCGCCCCUGGAAAGACCUACGUUCAAAACUUUGCCGUCGGAACCUGGACUGUCUUGUCUUCCGCAGAGGUCGUCAAGGCUCCCUUAGGAUACGUUGCGCGCUGCUUCCGGUACGACAUCCAAACGCAAACCACUCCGCUCCAGAUCAUGGCAUUCAUGCGCAGACUCCGUGGAAGAGGGCGCUGCGGUGACCAGCCCGUGUACGGAAAGGCGGACAGUAUGCUCAUCAUCUUCACGAACUGGUCCCGAUGCAAAUUCUUUGAGUGUAUCGACUUCGCUCCCGCUGUUAUUCCCCAGAUCAAACCAGCUGCGGAAGGCCAGACGGAUACAGGCGCCGAUGGAGAAAUCACCAGCGCAGGCCAUGGCGACCCGGAGAAGGCGGCUGUCAAUGCCAAUGCGACGGAAGUCUUGCCCCGGCCGCCACCGGGCAAGGUCUCGUACCACCACUCACUUGCACGUACCCGCAGCGUGCUGUCGAGAAACGUGUUCACGAUUCUCGGUAAGGAUCUUCAGGGAAACAUUUGGGUGUCUGCCCUGGGACACCCCGAGUGCUGGGAGCAUCUCGAGAAGGCCAUUGCCGCGUCCAAAUAA